UUCAAUGCUUUUACAUUCUCAUAUUAUUAUUAAAAGCUGACAAUAAUAAGAUACAGCUUAUAUAAUUUAGAGGAAAUCUAAUCCUGACAUGUGUAUAAUCAUAUGGCACCAGUUUAACACAGUCGAAUAUGCCGCGAAAACGACAGUGGCGACGAUCAGGAGAUCCCACUUGUUGCCAUAGGGAAUAUAAGUAUAGAAAUCAAAAGAAAAGAUCCGUUUACGUGAAGCAUCGGUUGAAUUUGAAUUCGUUUGUUUGGAAUGGUCAAGAUAAUUUAACAUUUGAAAUGAUACCUGUGAAACUUCAAGAGAGUUCCUCGAGGAGAUCAUCGAUUCUGAAACCACCUAAAUCACGACACCCUCUUCAAUUGGUAGAUUUCAAUUCAUCACCAGAAAACAGUCCAACAACUAAACAAACACGGCGUGUCAGUUUUGCAGAAAAAAAACAUGUCAAGGAAUUUGUCGAUUCUGUGGAACGUGGAACAUUAUGGGAUAAUACAUACGAAGAGAAUGAAUUUAGCAGUGGAAAGUUUGUUUGCACUUCACAUUGUGAAGACAUUGACAAUGUAGAAAAUCAAAAUUCCAAGGAUGAAGAGAGCUAUUAUUCCAUUCAUAAAGUAGUUGAUAUUAAUGAAAGCAUGCAGGAAAAUCAUUUAGCUCAGUUGGAAACAGCAAAGACGUUUAUGAGGGAUUUGACAGCAGGAUGUUUCACUAAUUCCUACAAUGAUAAAAACGAACUUGGAUCUUUUCAAAAUGAAUGUGAUAUAUCUCAAGAAGAAUGUGAUCUCAAUUUAAUAGAUGCAGUUGAUCGAAUCAAAACAACUAAAGUCACAGAACAAAUGAACAAUUUAGACAAUUAUACAAUGCAUCGCCAACCUCACGUAUACAGUAAUCAGAAGAAUGAAAUAGAAACAACUAACAUAGAUAAGACAAUCUGCCAUGAUAUGUCAAUGGAAUUGACUACAGCAAUACCUUUUUGUAUAUCGUCAUACCCUGGUACAAGUAAUACUUCAUGCACAACAUUGACACAAAAAAAACAGUAUUCCAAUCCAUCUAACCAAUCAUAUUUGGAAGGAAUUAAUAUGCGAUCAAAUACUAUAAGUAGCGACUUAAAUAAUUCGAUAGAUUUGGAAAAUAAAACAAUGGAUUUUACGACAGCAGUGACACAUGAGGAUCCUUUUUCACAAUUCAUAUUAAAUAAGGAAAAUAUUAAUCAUCUGCCUUAUACUGAAGGAAAUACGGCAGAUUCGUUUAUGGAAUACACAGCUCCAGUGGAGAGAACAAAAAAAUUUGCAAAUCAAUCGAUGGUAUUAACUGAAUGUAUCCCAUCUAAAUACAUGUUAAAAAUAAAUACUGAAUCUGCAGGAAAGAUUUAUGGAAGUCGCGAUUAUAUAGAUGAAUUACAUCAAGACAAGCCUAAUAUCACCCUAAACUAUACAGAGAUGGAGAAAACAAAGAUAUUUUGUGAUACAUCAAUUGAAAUGACAAAUGCUGUAAGAUCUGCAAUUCAAACUAGAGAUUCUGAAAUAUCCCAUAAAAGAAAUGAAACUUUAGGGAAUAUGUCAAUGGAAAUGACGACAGUAAUUUCACAAGCAAAAUCAUUAAUUAAGACAGAUGAUACUAUUGAUAAGAUGAAUCAAUCAGCGAAACAUGAGAAUUUUAAUGUUGCAAAGAAUAUUUUAACUAACAAAGUUAACGUCGAUCAAACAAUAUCAGAAAGAACAGAACAGACCAAAUGUUUUCAAAAUAUGCCAAUGGAGUUAACAACACUUGUUUCAACACAUGUUACCAAUAAUAAUCCUACAGACAACAUAAAGCUGGCCCAUAAAAAAAGAAAUUAUUUGGAAUACCUGGAAUAUUGUGAGGAAACUGGUAUUGAAACAACAAAAGAAUAUUUGGAAGCAACUAAAAUUGUAGAAGAAAACAAGACUAAAAUGUUUAAAGAUAUGUCUAUGGAAAUUACAACAGCCAUACCAUUAGCUGCAUCUAUCGUGCAAGGAAGAAUUGUACAAAAUUUUGAUAAUUCAGUUUUACAACCAAUUCUGGUUGAGCCAGUGGAACAAUUUACUGUAACAAAUGAUAAAGAUUCAAGAGAUAAUGUAAACAGAACAACAAGAAACAAUGAUCAAGAACUGGAUACUGAGAGUAAUAUAACAAAAUUAUUUAAAAAUGUACCUAUGGAAAUGACAACAGCGAUACGUCAAACAACUCCCACAUUUCAAGAAGAUGUUUCUUCAAGUUCCAAAAAUUAUAAUGAACACGAGAAGCUAGUUGAACGAAAAGAUACGGAUGAUGUUAUUGAGCACCAAGAAAUAACAAAUACAGUAACUGAAAAUAUUUAUGACAAAAUGAUUGUUGAGCCUCGUAAGUCUAUUCUGGUGGGAAACACAUCUAUGGAACAAGAAACAGGGAUAUCAGAAUCUCCAUUCAACUUGCAUUCAAAUCGUACGUACAACAUCAAAAUACCUCGGAUUUACCACAAUUUGUCAGAAACAAUUGGCAAAAUUGCUGCAACCGUUACUGAAGAUAAUAGUAAGAAUGAUACACCGCAUAUGAGUAUUAGCAACCAAGCAAUCAAUGAAAACAGAUUGCUUGAAAAUGAGAGUAUGGAUAUUACACACAGAAUUGCAAUUAGUGCUGAAGCACCUGCAAAAAAUGUUUCUACAAAAACAGAAACUUGUGUAGAUAUAAAUCAAACAAAACAGUUAUCUAAAAAUACAUCGCCAACCAAAAGAACAUAUGUUAUUAUUCCAAAAGGAUGUUGUACACAAGUGAAUGAAUCUGUGGCCAAUGACACUGAUAUUGUAAUGGGUUGCGAAGAAGUCUGUAUAAAUAAAAAUGACAGUGACCAGGGGAACAUAUCUAUUUAUAAUUCUGAGCCUAUACACGCAGGCAAUAGUAUAUUGUCAGAGAAAAUAAAUGCAGCAGAAGUUAUUAAUAAAGAUACAUCUAACAUAAGUGUGAUCGGUGAUGAAAUGUAUAUGACAGACAUUGAAAAUCGUCCAACUUGCUUAAUAUCUAACGAUUCGUAUGAGGAGAAGAAUGAUAGCCAAUUUCAUGAGUUGUCAUCGGAAAAAAAAGAGUUGAUAUAUUCGGAAGAAAAUGAUAAGCGUAUAUUGCCAAUUUCAACAGAAGAAAACGGAAUUACAGAAGCUUUGACAAAUAUCAGCAGUCACAUUGAUGUAGUUGAGGAUCCCUUUGUUAUAUGGAUGAACGGUAUAAAUGUUUAUUCCGAAAGGGAUGACUGUAUUUGGAAUGUGCGAUGCCUUAAUGAAAAAAUAUUUGCACUAGAUUUUAUAUCAAGUUCCUUAGUAGUUGUCAUGCAUUUUGAGAAUGUUGAGAAUAAAGCUAUUAAUAAUUUCCAAAGAAUAAAAAUUAUUUCACGUCUCAAAGAUACCGCAGAUCCCAUACUUCGUCUGGUACAUCGUAUAAUCUUGGAUAAAAUAGAUCCAGGAUCAUUAAUUAAAACCUAUUGCAUGCCUGAUGAUUUUUUUCCGUUGACGGAACAUAUAUCAAGGGAUGUGGUAUUUGCUAUGGAUUUUAUGUUUGAGUAUAAAUGGUUACACAAUAUAGCAAUGAUAGAUAUUAUAGAUAAGCGAAUACAAUUUACUGUGUGGACUAAAACAGUGAAUACGAUAUUAAAUAUUUCUAUCGAAAUAAAUACAUUGAAUAGCAUAAGUUUCAAUAACGUUGAAGUUGAAUGUAUUUUGGGCUCGAUAAGGGUUAAUGAUAUUAAAAAAUUAAUCGUCAAUGCAAAGAAAGAUCAUCGAUAUUUAUCGAGAUGUAUAAAUGACGUAAAGGAAUAUCUCGCAUGGAUGGAAGAUACUGGUUGAAAAUAAUUUUAUGAUUCGUGCAUUUUUUGUACCAGAAAUACAUCACUCACACAUGUUGAAAAUACGUAUCACUAUUAUAAUGUGGACUGAAAGAGUUUUACAAUAUUCAUCGUGAUUAUACUGUGCCACUAUCAUUUUUAAAAUAUAAAAUGCAGUACAAGUAUAAAUGAAACUGGUGUAAAAUAAAUAUAUUUUUUAUACAAGAUAAAAUAAUUAUCUGAUAAUUAGAUUGUAAUAUGAUUUUAAAUCAAUUAAGUUAAAAAGUUGUAUGCAGUUCUGUUGUAAAUUUUUGUAAGGGAAUGAAAAAGUACAUUAAAAGUAUGAUAAUCGCA